GUUUUUUAGGUUAGAAACACUUUUUGACUGUCAUAACAAAAAAGGAUUUAUAAAACAGAUGAUAAAAAUGUGGAGAAAUUUGUUGAAUAUUCGAUUGCUUAACCCCGAAAGGCCCGAAAUGUCUUCUUUAACAAGGAAUAUCAUGCCUGGAUUGAUGAAACGAUUUAUUUCAACUACUUCCAAAUUGAACAUGUUCAUACAAACACAAGAAACGCCUAACCCCAACAGCCUUAAGUUUUUACCAGGAGUCAAAGUUCUGGAAAAUGGUCAGACGAUAGAUUUUCCUAACGGGCAAGCUGCCUACUGUUCUCCUCUUGGUAAAGUGUUGUUUAGAAUUGAUGGAGUUAAGAGUGUAUUUUUGGGUCCAGAUUUUAUAACGGUUACAAAAGCAGAUGAUGAGGUCGAAUGGAGACUUUUAAAACCAGAAAUAUUUGCCACUAUAAUGGAUUUUUUUGUUAGUGGCUUACCAGUCUUAAAAGAUGCCCAACCCAACUCUGAUACUCAAAUCAAUGAGGAUGAUAAUGAAAUUGUCCAAAUGAUCAAAGAAUUAUUGGAUACUCGAAUUCGUCCAACCGUGCAAGAAGAUGGAGGUGACAUACUCUUCAUGGGGUAUGAUAACGGUGUUGUGAAGUUGAAAAUGCAGGGGGCCUGUACCAGUUGCCCUAGUUCUAUUGUUACCCUCAAAAAUGGAGUUCAGAACAUGUUACAGUUCUAUAUUCCUGAGGUUGUCAGUGUGGAACAAGUUAAAGAUCAAGUUGAUGAAAUAGCAGAAAAAGAAUUUGUGAAGACGGAAAAAAAAUUACAAACCAGAAAUCCUGACAGUCAAACGAGCUAGAGUAAGUGUAUAUCUUAUAGUUUGUUAAAAAAAAAUAAAUGUUAAUGUGGAAUA